UUCCUGUGGUGCGAUAUUGUUCAAAUUGAACAUGAUUCGGAUCUUUCUUUUGUCAUGUGUAUGUGUUUCCCAAGUUAGAUUAUAUGACAACAUUGCUUCAGGAAAAGCUGCACAGCAGCUGUAUCCAUUUUCUUCCUCUAGAUGGGGAGCUGAUAAAGCGGUGGACGGACUAAAAUCAGACUACUCUGCUGUUGGAGGACAGUGUACGAUAUCGGGAAUGGAGAAACGAACAGCCAGGUGGUGGGUGGAUUUAGGAGGUGUCCUCAGUAUACGUCACAUAACUAUAUACUACAGAACAGACAAUUUAGCCUGAUGUAAUUUUUAUGAAUAAUUUGAUACAUGGCGGAUUGAGAUGUGUGUCUCCUCUAUCUACAGUACGCGUAGUGUGUUGCUGUCUACAGUCAAUUCAAAAUUAUCUUAUAGCAAUUAAUCUGCAUGACGGAUAUCUA